CUUUGCAUACAUUUUAGCCUUUGCGUUCUGUUGGAGGCUUCCCAUUCCUUCCUCUUUCCCUCUUCCUCUGUUUCGUCGGGCAAGACUGGGCCAGGCCAUGCCGUUCACUGCCAGCACGAUGCGCGCGUCAGGCGCACCCAAAACGACCCAGAAGAUAAUUCUGUCGAGGUCGAAGUCGACUGCUGCAAGUUCCUCCAUGAUCGAUGCGAAAUCGAGGGUCCGGGAGCAUGCAAGGAAUAUCAGUCGCUCAAGCGCAAAACAAGCCGUCGCUGCGCCUUCUGUGCGACCGUCGCCGGCCCCAGGGUUCCAACAGCUGCCCACCAAAAACAACGUCCCUCACACUACGCCUAGUAUUUACCCCACGUCCCCAGCGUCUCUCGACCACUCGUUUAUUGGGAUGUCCGGCGGUCAGAUAUUCCACGAGAUGAUGCUGCGACACAACGUGAAGCACGUAUUUGGCUACCCCGGAGGUGCUAUCCUGCCCGUGUUCGACGCGAUCUACAAUUCUCCACACUUCACGUUCAUCUUACCCCGGCACGAGCAAGGCGCCGGGCAUAUGGCCGAAGGCUAUGCCCAUGUGACUGGCAAACCUGGGGUCGUUCUUGUUACUUCGGGUCCAGGAGCGACCAAUGUCGUGACGGCUAUGCAGGACGCUCUGAGCGAUGGCGUGCCGUUGGUCGUAUUCUGCGGACAGGUCGCGACAUCUGCCAUUGGCUCCGACGCCUUCCAGGAAGCUGAUAUUGUCGGUAUCUCGAGGAGUUGUACAAAAUGGAACGUCAUGGUAAAGGAGAUUAGCGAGCUCCCUCGGAGGAUAAACGAGGCCUUCAAGAUUGCGACGUCUGGUCGCCCCGGGCCAGUGCUGGUCGACUUGCCAAAGGAUGUUACCGCUGGAAUCUUACGCACGCCGCUGCCAUACCGUGUCACUACUCCUGGAGCCGCCCUGAGCUUACCGACGAACCCCUUGCAGCCGGAUGAGGCUCCGAUCGACCACCAGUUGGUCCGUCAGGCCGCUGAAUUGAUCAACAACGCUAAGCGGCCGAUUGUCUACGCCGGCCACGGUGUCCUCUCGUCUCCUCUGGGCCCGAAGCUGCUCGCAGAGUUGUCGGAGAAGGGAAAUAUCCCCGUUACGACGACCUUGCAGGGCCUCGGCGCUUUCGAUGAGACGAACGAGCGGAGUCUGCAUAUGUUGGGUAUGCAUGGAAGCGCGUAUGCGAAUCUCGCAAUGCAGCAGGCAGACGUGAUCAUCGCGCUUGGUGCCCGCUUUGACGAUCGUGUAACGGGCAAGAUCGACACCUUCGCGCCUGCUGCCAAAGCCGCGGCCGCGCAGGGCCGUGGCGGUAUCAUCCACUUCGAGAUCCAGCCCAAGAAUAUCAACAAGGUCGUCGAGGCGCAGCUCCCCAUCCUCGGCGACGUUGUAGCGAACUUGGUGAACUUGGUGCCCCAGAUACGCUACGACCCUCGGGAAGAGUGGUUCAGGGAUAUCCGGGAGUGGAAGAGCCGGUACCCGUUCACGUACGUGAAGAGUAAUCCGGAGAAGGGGGAGGCGAUGAAGCCGCAGGAGGUGAUUGAGGAGAUGAACCGCCAGUUGGCGGGGAAGAAGGACCAGGUUGUCGUCAGCACGGGCGUUGGGCAGCAUCAGAUGUGGGCUGCGCAAUUCUAUCGGUGGACGCACCCGAGGUCGAUGGUCACUUCGGGCGGCCUAGGGACUAUGGGCUUUGGCUUACCCGCGGCUAUUGGAGCCAAGGUCGCCGCACCGGAGAAGAUUGUUGUCGACAUCGAUGGUGACGCUUCGUUCAGCAUGACUGCAAUGGAGCUCGCGACGGCAUCCGCCUCUGGCGUCGGUGUCAAGGUUAUCGUGCUCAACAAUGAGUUCCAGGGUAUGGUGCUCCAAUGGCAAGAUCUGUUCUACGACGCUCGGUACUCGCACACGCGGAUGGUCAACCCUGAUUUCAUUGCCUUGGCUAAAAGCAUGCGGGUGCAUGCUAUCAAGUGCACUAGCGCCGCGGAACUGCCGGAGAAGAUGAAGGAAUUCCUGGAAUACGACAACUCGAAGCCCGUGCUCAUGGAAUGUGUGGUGGAGACGAAUGAGCAUGUGUUCCCUAUGGUUCCCGCCGGCAAGGCUCUCCACCAACAGCUGUUGCACCCCACCCUCGGUGGUUCGUCUGAAUCCUCAUAACGGUUUGAACGUGUAAAACAAAAGGCUUCGACGCCACACAGCAUGCUAACGUUAUUUAUCCUCCUGCAUUUCCCUCUCGUCGGCCAUCACUCACCAUUGCAUUAUUUCCUGAUCCCGCGCACAUAGCGCGAUGUAUUCUCCUUCCCCACCAUUUCCUUGCCCCAAUGCUGCAUAGUUUCCUGCUUUGUUUUACAAUGCUCUUCGGAUGUGUAUUAUAACAUUCAUCUAGGGUAUACAGGAGGUAAAAAGGGCCCAUUAGGGAGCCCUGCUACAGAAUAAUAUAAGUCGACGCGC